CCUGGAACCAGCAGGAGGAAACAUGGGGGAUACCGGCCUGAGAAAGCGGAGAGAGGAUGAGAAGUCGAUCCAGAGCCAAGAACCCAAGACCACCACUCUCCAAAAGGAGCUGGGCCUCAUCAGUGGCAUCUGCAUCAUCGUGGGCACCAUCAUCGGCUCUGGGAUCUUCAUUUCCCCCAAGUCUGUGCUCAGCAACACGGAAGCUGUGGGGCCCUGCCUCAUCAUAUGGGUGGUUUGCGGCGUCCUCGCCAUGCUGGGCGCCCUGUGCUUUGCGGAACUUGGCACGAUGAUCACCAAGUCAGGGGGCGAGUAUCCCUACCUGAUGGAGGCCUACGGGCCCAUCCCCGCCUACCUCUUCUCCUGGGUCAGCCUGAUGGUCAUGAAGCCCUCGUCCUUCGCCAUCAUCUGCCUCAGCUUCUCCGAGUAUGUGUGCGCGCCCUUCUACGUGGGCUGCAAACCUCCUGUAAUUGUUGUGAAAUGCCUGGCCGCUGCCGCCAUCUUGUUCAUCACGACGGUGAACUCACUGAGCGUGCGGCUGGGAAGCUACGUCCAGAAUAUCUUCACCGCGGCCAAGCUGGUGAUCGUAGCCAUCAUCAUCAUCAGCGGGCUCGUGCUUCUGGCCCAAGGAAACACAAAGAAUUUUGAUAAUUCUUUCGAGGGUGCCCAGCUGUCUGUGGGAGCCAUCAGCCUGGCGUUUUACAAUGGACUCUGGGCCUACGAUGGAUGGAAUCAACUCAAUUAUAUCACAGAAGAACUUAGAAACCCUUACAGAAACCUGCCUUUGGCCAUUAUCAUCGGGAUCCCCCUGGUGACGGUGUGCUACAUCCUCAUAAAUGUGUCCUACUUCACCGUGAUGACUGCCACUGAACUCCUGCAGUCCCAGGCCGUGGCCGUGACGUUUGGUGACCGCGUUCUCUAUCCAGCGUCUUGGGUCGUUCCACUUUUUGUGGCAUUUUCAACCAUCGGUGCUGCUAACGGGAGCUGCUUCACAGCGGGCAGACUCAUUUAUGUGGCAGGCCGGGAGGGCCACAUGCUCAAAGUGCUUUCUUACAUCAGCGUCAAGCGCCUCACUCCAGCCCCCGCCAUCAUCUUCCACGGUAUCAUAGCAACAAUUUAUAUCAUCCCUGGUGACAUAAACUCGUUAGUUAAUUAUUUCAGCUUUGCCGCAUGGCUCUUUUAUGGCCUGACGAUUCUAGGACUCAUCGUGAUGAGAUUUACAAGGAAAGAGCUGGAAAGGCCUAUCAAGGUGCCCAUAGUCAUCCCUGUCUUGGUGACAAUCAUCUCUGUGUUUUUGAUUCUGGCUCCAAUCAUCAGCAAGCCCGCAUGGGAGUACCUCUACUGUGUGCUGUUUAUAUUAAGCGGCCUUAUAUUUUACUUCCUGUUUGUCCACUACAAGUUUGGAUGGGCUCAGAAAAUAUCAAAGCCGAUUACCAUGCACCUUCAGAUGCUAAUGGAAGUGGUCCCACCGGAGGAAGACCCUGAGUAACAAGCUCCAUCUCUUGUAGCCAAGUCAAAGCUGAAUUUAUUUUCUUAAGCAGUAUUUGUGGUUUUUUCUUUCUGAUUUUUUUCUUAUGAAUAAAAUAUACUCAGAUGUUUAA